CACAUACCCACACUAGUUUGCUGUUGUAGAGGAACCAUAAAAAGCCCUGCUGCGAGGUGCUCCUGUGGAAAGCUGAAGUAGAAGGAGGGUGAUCAUAGUAGUUUGAUAGAAAAUGAGUCUCUUAAUGGAGGAGAGAGGGUCUGUUGCGACCAUGCUGCGCCCCAAGGCCCUUACCCAGGUCCUGAGCCAGGCUAACACUGGAGGGGUCCAGAGCACCCUGCUUCUGAACAAUGAGGGGUCUCUGCUCGCAUAUUCUGGUUAUGGAGACACAGAUGCCAGGGUCACUGCGGCCAUUGCCAGUAACAUUUGGGUGGCCUAUGACAAGAACGGUCACCAGGCUUUCAACGAGGACAAUCUGAAAUUCAUCCUUAUGGACUGCAUGGAGGGCCGUGUUGCUAUCACCCGGGUGGCGAAUCUCUUGCUGUGCAUGUAUGCAAAAGAGACCGUUGGAUUUGGGAUGCUGAAAGCCAAGGCCCAGGCCCUUGUCCAGUAUCUGGAAGAACCUCUCACGCAAGUGGCAGCAUCCUGAACAAACUACGGCGGGGCAGAGCGGAGGAUGAAUGAGGCCAUCGCAGCUCAGGAGCAAAGAACCCUCCCCCCAAAAGCUCUUACAACGGAGAACCGGUGAAGUGGGCACAUGAAUGGUUCCAUGGGCAAUCCAGGCAUUGGCAUCACACUGAAAACUACCUGCCUGCAGUGGAGGGCACUUGCGGGGGCCUUUUUUUAUAUAUAGUUAAAAAGAAAAAUAAAAUCGAGUAUUUAACACUUG